CCGCGCGCAUCCGCACAAAAACCAAACCCUAAGCCCUGCAUAUCCCUUGCUCCAAAUCCAUCAGCUCGAGCUCCCAAUCUCUGGAGGAAAGACAAAUGAGUUGAAAAGAUGGAGCCUUGGAGCAAUCUCAGUGUUGAUUAGAUCCAAAAAUCAGGUAAAACAAAGCAACCUUCUUGCUUGUUCUUGCUUGAAUUCAAGAUGGUUUUGCUUCUCAAGAAACUUUUCAAAUCGAAUAUCUUGUAUUCAUAUACCUUUUGCUUCUCUACUACCAUAAUUCAUAGCAAGACAAUUACCAAAACCCAAUCCAUUGUGGUGGACUACCUGUUGAGCAGAUUUGGCUUCUCUCGGGAGAAAGCAGCUUGGGCCUCCAAGCACCUUGACCGUCUCAAAUUCCUUGAAAAGGCUGAAACAGUGUUGGAUUUCUUGAAAAGUUAUAGUUUUGAUGAUUCCCAGAUCAAAAAGCUCGUAUCUUUGUAUCCAAAAGCUCUUUGCUGUAAUGUUGAAAGGAACUUGAAGCCAAAGUUUGAAGGUUUGCAGAGCCUUGGCUUCUCAGGUCAGGAGCUUGUUCAUCUAAUCCUUUCCAAUUAUAUGGUCCUCGGGUGCAAUUUUGAGCGCAAUGUGCGGCCGAAGAUUGAGUUCUGGGAAGAGAUUCUUGGUUCUUUUGAGCUUAUGAGCAAAUCCUUGAGGGGAAAGCAAUGUAUACUUAGUUUUAGUUUGGAGCAGAGGGCGCUACCAAACCUUGCAUUCCUGCGGGAAUUCGGUGUUUCAAAUGAAAGGAUCACUUUGAUUGUGCAAAGACACCCAAGAUUCCUUGCUCAAAAGCCUGACGAGCUGAAGGAAUUAGCUGAGAAGGUUGAGGGAAUGGGGAUACGUCGUGACUCUAGGAUGUUUGUUUGGGCUCUUAACACUCUUCGGAUGGUCUCCAAAACAAAGUUUGACGGUAAGUUGGAAGUUCUGAAGAGUUUGGGGUGGUCGGAGGCAGAUUUCCUCUUGGCGUUUCAGAAGAACCCAAUAUUCCUAACGGUUUCUGAGACAAUGUUGAAGAAGAAGAUUGAUUUCUUAGUGAACGAAGCUGGUUGCAAGCCAUCGGAACUUGCUCAGAGUCCGACACUUCUCAUGUUUAGCUUGGAGAAGAGGUUGAUUCCUCGAUAUCAUGUCAUGCAAGUCUUGAAAUCGAAAAGAUUAAAUAAUGUGAAUUAUAGCCUGUUGUCCACAAUGUCCUACUCGGAGAAGAUGUUUGUGAAGAAUUUUCUUCUCUGCCGUAAAAAGGAUGCUCCUGAAUUAUAUGAUUGGUACAUUUCCUCCUGCAAAGGCAGCGAACAUUCUCAUUCUGUGUUGAAACCAGUAGAUAAAUGUGUUUUGUAGUGAGGUACUACUCUCUACCCCUUAGCACUAAGGUGUUUCAGGUGACAAAUAUCUGCAAGCAAUUAAAAAAGGAAAUGUUCAUAAGCUUUGACUACUUAAAUUAAGACUCAAAACUGAAUGAAGCACAGGCAUGUAUAUAACAAAAUCAACUAUGGCAGAUGAUAGGAUGAGUCAAUUGGUUAUUGAUAACAAGUGUUGCAGUAAAAUGAUCUGGGAUUCUAUUAACAGCUUGAGUGAGCUUAUGAAGGUAACUGUUUAGAAAAUUUUAAUCAGAGUCUUGUGUAAUAAAUAAAGUUUAUUAUUAUUCAUCUCUGUCAUUGUUAUUAUUCUGUUUCUGUUCCUGGAAACAGAAGAAGCACACUGUAAAUCAUGAAAAGCUUAUGCUGUGAUGA